AUGGACGAAGUUGGAAAAUUGGCAGAAAAGCUGAAAUCAUCAGAAUCUCCAAUACAUGUUGCGGUUAUUAAUAUUGAAAAGAAUGAGGAAGCAAGAAAAAAAUAUCCUGUUCAUGAAGUACCAAGUUUGAGAAUGUUUAAAAAUGGAAACAUGAUGGAUUACACACAAGGUUACAAUACUGCGGAUGAUUGGCUAGUAUGGAUACAGAUCGUCAUGAACACUCCAAUCGUUGUGAAUCUUGAAACAGAGUUUGACGAACUUAUUCAAUCCAAGACUGUUGUAUUAGGGUGCUUCCCUGGGAAUGCACCCGAAGCAGCGUACAAGAACUUUUACAGAGUGAGCCAACAUUUCGUGUACGACCCACGAUUACCACAGCCCAGAUUCGCCAUAAUUACGUCAGCCAGUGUUGCGAGACGACUAGGGAUAAACCAUGGUUCGGUCACAGUUUACAAACAGUUUGAAGACGGAGACAAAGCAGUUUACCGAGGGGAUGUGACGAACCUGGAUGACUUGCUCAAGUUUGUGGAUGAAGAAACAGCGCCUGUUGUUUACAAGCAUUAUGAUGUGGCAUACAACCACAAGCUACACGGCUCUCACGUGGGGUAUCACCAUAUCCUGUUCAUGUCCAGUAAAGAUAGAAACUACAAACAAACAUUCAAAGCUUUUCGAGACGCAGCGAAACAUUUCAAGGCCAAGUCAUCAUCACAGGAGAACGAAGUUGUAUUCAUCCACGUGGAUACGUCACGUGAUAAUGUAAAGAGUGCGGUCAACUAUUACCACGUGGAUGAGAAUAAGGACUUACCAUGUAACAGGAUGACAAAAUUUGAUAAAUACCAUUCACGGUUUCUUCCACCGAAAAAUGCUUUGAGUUAUGAAGCUUUCGUUGGGUUCACUCAAGAUGUUGCAAUUGGUCCGACCCAGUGA